CACAGUUCCUCCAAGAGUACAACGAGUACAACUCGGACUGACUGGAACCAUGAUGUUAGGGGGGUCCAGAAAUUUCCGUGCUUCUUGUUUGGAAAGGACGGACAGAGGACCUGAUUAGAGGCAAAUUGUGAUAUAUACUGUGUCGGCUCUUUUCUAACAAUAAAAAAUUGGAAAUGAACAGUCAACGUUUGUAUUAUUUGUUGCCCUGUCUUUGAGAAUAUAUCAAAUUCAACAUUGAUGUUCAUUCAAUCACAAUCCAUUACGUAGUAUCUUAAAUUUAAAUUUUAUUUUCGAGAGAAACGACUUUCGAGCAACUUCUUACAGCCAGUUUUCAAUAGUUUCGUUUGUAAGAUAAAGAUAAUUUAGAUGAUAACAUAUAAAGUAUAUUGACGAAAUUAUUGAGAGUGGAUGAUCAUAGUGGCUUUGUGCGUAGGACAGGAACAUGUCGAACGCUAAUACGAAAUCGGCAGUUCGGCACAUCAGCGCAAGCGCAUGCACCAUGCAUGAGAUACUCACACGUCAUGUCAAGGAUUGACUUAAAUUCUGAAAACUGAACAAUAGGGUUCAGCGACUUUUGCUGGCCUGUAGAACGUGAAAGUCGAGUGACAUGACUGCCCGAAGAAGAGUGAUGAGAACGAAUAUUAGUUAACGAGAAAACUCAGGCGAACCAUGUUGUGAUAAAAAGCUCUGAGGAUGGUUGUGCUUUUGUUCUUCAAAGCUAGGAUAAUGAGGACUCCAAAGACCGAAUAGUGUAGAGAAACUGUCGAGAUUAUUGGCUCAGGUAAAUAACGACGUUUAUGGCUUAGUGCGCUGGGAAUAACGUUAUAUUAUUAUUCAUAAGAUCGAAAAAAGUGCUUUCCGGGAAACAAUUGCGGGCUUGUUAUCAGAUGCAAGAGAUAAUCAGAAAAUACGACAACGCCCCGUGUCAGGUUGAAGAGAAGAAUGAGUAGAUAUGGAAAUGAUGUGUCCCCUAUAUAGAAAUGGAUAGUUUACAGGUGGGGCAGUCUGGAAGUAGCAAAUCAUCAAGCAGAAGUGCUUCUCCGUGUCGUCCUCACGUGGGUCACAUUCCGACACAAAACACUACCCCUCUGCAACAUGUUGUGGGGAAUUGGUGUUGAUAACAAGAUGAAUCGUUCACCAGGAUCUUUCCUUGGAGUUUACAGACAUAUGUUGAUGUCUUCAGAACGGCAACUAUUGUGAAGGGCAUGUCAUCCCCUUCUACAUGGAAACGGUCGGCGGAUGCCAGCAGUGGUGGCAGUGGAAGUAGUGGGGGUGGCGGAGGAGGAGGUGGUGGUGAAGGGGGAAGAAGUGGUGGUGGCAGUGGGGGCGGAAUAGGCCCUGCGAUGAGUGGUUCAGUGAAGAGCAGGCGUAAGUCACCUGUGGCCCUAAGGAAGGACAAAGUUCCUUCAGCCGAUGGAGCCCCUGGUUCCAGCAGCAGCGCUAGUGCCAGUGCCAGCGCCAGCGCUAGUGCCAGUGCUAGUAACAGUGCCAGCGCCAAUGCCUCUCAACCCAUAAGGCAGGAAGGACUCUCUGCUCAGGGUUCUGAGGAGGAGAGAGCUGCACACAGUGGGCCUGAAGAAGAUCUGGAUAUCUGUCCAGCAUCAUCCUCUGUAAUGUCCAAUGGCUCUUCAGAGCAAGUGAUUGCAGGGCUGGAUGAUGUUGAUGGUCAUCUUCAGUGUGACAUCUCUCGCACUCGGGCUGCUAUAGAGCACAUGCAGUCAAAGAUUGGACGAACGAAAGACCUCAUUCGUGGAGAGCAGACUACAAGAGAUGACAAUGUAAAUGAAUACUUGAAACUAGCAGCCAAUGCGGAUAAACAGCAGUUGUUACGCAUCAAGGCUGUUUUUGAAAAGAAAAAUCAAAAAUCAGCUCAGUCGAUUUCACAGCUACAAAAGAAGUUGGAAAGUUACAACAAACGUCUGCGUGACUUGGAGGUGCAUGGACUCCCCAGCAGCCAUCGCCAGCCACGUGAAGUACUGCGGGAUAUGGGCCAAGGAUUAAAAAAUGUUGGAGGCAACAUACGUGAUGGUAUUACAGGUCUGUCAGGGACUGUUAUGUCAAAACCAAGGGAAUUUGCACACCUUAUCAAAAAUAAGUUUGGGAGUGCUGAUAACAUCAAUUCAUUAUCAAGAAACGGUGAUAGCAGUUCUGUAGAUGAAGAGAAGACUCACCAUGGCAGUGCAACUCUGCCUGGAGGCUGUGGGCUGGGCUCUGCAUCUGCUUCUGCAUCUGCCCAUGCCUCCUCUAGUGCAGGUCUAAUCAAGUAUGCCUCUGAAGAGGGCUCUGAGUGCAGUUCUGUGACAAGUGAGAGUUUGCCUCCUGUACAGACAUCUCCACACCACCAUGGUCCUCCUGUCCAUGUAGCCACAACAUUUAGUUUGGACCCUAUCCUUACAGAAUUGCAAGAACGACGUGAAGAAUUUGAUAGAAUGCGUGAGGAAAUAGAGGGAAUGAAGCAGGCAUUGCAACAGGAAGUAUCCUUUCUCAGCCAAGCAUUGCAAGAGGAACGCUUUCGAAGUGAACGUCUUGAAGAACAAGUUAAUGACUUAACAGAAUUGCAUCAAAAUGAGGUAGAAAAUUUGAAGCAAGCGAUAACGGAUAUGGAAGAAAAAGUGCAAUAUCAAAGUGAAGAAAGAUUGCGUGAUAUCCAUGAAAUGUUGGAAUGCUGCCAAACAAAGAUUUCUAAAAUGGAACAUCAACAGCAGCAGCACCAACAAUAUGUAACUCUUGAGGGCAUAGAUAAUUCAAAUGCACGAGCACUUGUGGUGAAGUUAAUUAAUGUGGUUUUAACUGUAUUGCAAGUUGUGCUUCUUCUUGUUGCUACUGCAGCUGGAAUAGCCAAUCUCAUUUAUGAUGAGGACUCAUCUUCCUGCUUCGUAUCUCCACUGUGCCGAUUGCAACAGCAUGGAACUACUACCCUAUUUUGGACAGAAGAUGGGUAUUAUUGUCACAUUCCUCCAGAAGCUUUGAAUAGAUUACGGAUAUUAUCCACAAUCAUCCUAGUCGCUGGCAUUGUAUUCAUAUUGAAACAAUGGCCAGAAGUUCGGGAUGUUGGCAAUCAUUUGAUGCGACAUAUAAAACAAGCUUUAUCUAAGAAGAAAAUAUGUCAAGAGAACUUUCUUCCUUUCCCUCCUGUGAGAAACCACCACAGCAAAGUAGAAGGACCUGGAGGAGUGGAGGAUGGUGCAAGUGACGAUUCUGAAGAACCCCACAAAUUCAUAGUUUUUAUUUACUUCGUGAAAAAAAGCAUUUUAGCACUUAUCUCCCUUGGCUUUGCAAGGCCUCGUGUACUCAACUUUGUAUUUUUUUUAUCUUUU